CGAGAUGGCUCGCGCUCGCUGGACGUUCUUGGUCGUUAAAACAUGCUAUAGUCUUUCAUCGUCGUUCACGCGCGUUAUCGUCGUCAGUGAGAUUGGGCCGAGAAAAAUCUACCAACGAGAUUCUUAUUGCAUAAAGUGGCAUGUGCGCCGAAGCAAUAUACCAGUGCAGCAGUUUUAUCAUCAUUGAUAAACAGGCAGUCGAAGGUUCCACUCGUCGAUAACUAUUUCUCUUUACUUAGAUUUCAGCUUUUUUCCCGGAUCUGCUCGUGCAGAAUUAGUGGUGGCGAUAUGGCCAGGAUCAACAAAUUAUCGUUCAUCUUGUUUCUCGUGAUAUUUAUUUAUCAGCAGCCGAGAGAAAGUUACGGUGCCAGAAUUCUUGGUUUGUUUCCCCUGCAAGGCAAAAGCCACUUCGUUAUGUGCGAAACUCUGAUGAGAGCGCUGGCUGCCCGUGGUCAUCAGGUCGACGUGGUCAGUCAUUUUCCCUUGAAAAAUCCACCGCCGAAUUACCGAGAUAUCAGCCUCGCGGGCACUCUUCCUAACGUCGUCAACAAUGUGACGUAUGAGGAAAGCCAAAGGUUCGGGAGCGGCACCUUGAAAACAUUAUUCGAAGUAGGCGGAACGAACGUAUGCAAUUUACUUGCAACUCCGAAACUACGGGACCUUAUUGAAAACCCUCCGACGGACCCACCUUACGACCUUGUUAUCAAUGAGAUGUUCAUAGCUGAUUGUUAUCUCGCAUUUUCUCGUCACCUCAAAAUCCCAUUGAUCGGAAUGUCAACGAGCAAAGUGAUGGAUUGGAUGAAUCUACCUCUGGGCAAUCCCUCGAGUACAGCUUAUGUGCCCAGUAUUUUUUCGGGAUUUUCUCAACACAUGAGUUUUUUCGAACGCCUCCAAAAUACCGUUAUUAGUGGUAUUAUAAAAAUACAAUACUGGUACUAUAUGUCCGAGCAAUUGAGCUUGGUUGAGAAAUACUUUGGAAUAAAAGUUGACAGCAUGAGUGAACUCUAUAAAGAUAUCUCUGUCAUGCUGGUCAAUACCCAUCCGAGCUUCGAUUUCAUUAGGCCACUGACGCCGGGAAUUAUCGAAGUUGGUGGUCUUCAUGUGACCGAUGGCCACGACGAGCUCUCAAAAGACGUGAAAAAAUGGCUCGAUGACAGUAAAAAUGGCUGCAUUUAUUUUUCAUUCGGCUCGAUGAUUAAAAUCGAGUCAUUUCCAAAAGAAACCCUGAAAGCUUUCUACGAAACUUUCGAACGAAUUGCACCGGUUCGUGUCCUCGUAAAGAUUGCCAAAAAGGAGGAAUUGCCAGCGGGUCUACCGAAAAAUGUCAUGACCGCUCCCUGGCUUCCCCAAACCAGGGUACUACAGCACAAAAACGUCAAGGCAUUCGUGACCCACGGAGGACUAGGUUCGACUCAGGAGGCCGUCACGUAUGGAGUUCCUAUGAUUCAUAUACCAAUUUUCGGUGACCAAAAUUUGAAUGCACGACUCUGUGCAAAAAAGAGAAUUGGCGUCACGAUGGAUCAUCGCAAAAUAACGACCGAUACGUUUACAGAAGCAAUAAAAAAAAUCCUCGAUGACCCGAUCUACAGCGACAAUGCAAAACGAGUGUCAAAGCUAUGGACCGAUCGUCCAAUGAGCGCAAUCGACACCGCUAUAUUUUGGGUCGAAUACACAAUCAGAAAUGGCAACGUACUGAGAUCACCGGUAAGCGAAUUGUCCUGGUGGCAAGUAGAAUUGUUGGACGUCUACGUUUUCAUUGCUUCCAUCCUUUUAAUCGCGCUAUACUUCAUCUACCGAGUUAUCCGAUUUAUCUCUGGUCGAAUAUGCGCAAAAUUAUGUAAAAAAUCAAAUACUCAUAGCUCUCAGAAUGUCACGAAAUCGAAGAAGAACAGAUAAUCGUAGCCACCAUAGAAAUAAUGCGGUUUGUUGAUUUAUACUAUUGUAAUGGCAAAAUGCCGGUGCAUAAUUCAAGUUAAUAAAUAUUUUUCACUAUUCAGUA